GAAGUCAAAUGCAGUUUGCGCAGUCGCAGUUUGAGUCGGUUUCAUGACGCUGAUUUUGUUGUCUUAACCCAGUUACUGUAGCUACUCCUCUGUGAGAACUAGCAAAUACAUGUUGCAGUUAUGUAGCACAUAGAAUAAGGACUUUACCCCGCUGAGACCAGCUACCGUUAGCUAAUGUUACAGUCUUCCCUCGGCUUGUUAAACUACUGCGGCUGCGUUUGUCAACCAGCUAGCUAAUAAGCUAGCUAGCUACACGCUAGCAAACAAGCUGGUGUGAGUUUGCGAUGUGCUGCUGUUUGUUUUCUCUCUCUCGUCUCGGCUAGCUCUCUAACUCAGCUGCCGGGCGGCUAACCUGACCUAGCUACAUUUUUUUGGUGUGGCGAGAAGCAGCAAAAUACACCGCAUCCAUUUCUUUAUGCAAGUGUCCAGCUAAGAUGUGGCAAAGUGUCGGGCUCACACUGCUGGUCAUUGUGGCCACACUUGUCUGUGCGCUGCUCUUCAUGCUGUUUGGUUGGUAUGUAGUCUGGCAGCUCUUCCUGUCCAAGUUCAAGUUCCUGCGUGAACUUGUCGGGGACGCUGGCACCCCACAGGCCGAAACGCAGCCGUCCGAAACCAAGAGUGAACGCACAGCUAACGCCCCAACACGAAAUCGGCCCAGGACCGCACGCCAAAGAGUCACCUCUCCAGAAAGCACUUCAUAGACGACCCAGACGGCCACUGUGUAUCCUUCACAACUACUCAUGAAACCUCUCUUACCAUGACUGCUCGUCAGCCCUAUACAAACGUCGUGUGUGUGACCAUCACAGAUGUUUCCCACUGACCCUGCACUCUACACUACACAAGGACCUUGUGGACACUUAGUAGUCGACACUCAGCCCUCCUCUUAAACAGGACACUUUUAACUGACCAGGCAGAUAUGCUGGUUUCAAAAGGGAAAAGCCAUUUACGUACAUUACUGUCCAUUUCUUUGUCAUCUGUUCAUAUGUUUAAUUAUGUACAGUCGUAUAUGUACUGGAGUGUGGGGCUCCACUCAUGCUCCUCCUGUUAUCCUGCAAUAGUGAUGGCCAGCUUUCAUGAGCGGCCACGCUGCUUCCUGCCACCUCUGUGGAGUAUAAAGAUGCUCCAUCACACAAAGAGAGAUGUGAAUUCUCUUUAUGUACAUGUUUUAAUCUUGUGUUUUUAACAGAAGUAAGUCUGUUUUUAACAGAAGUAAGUCUUUCUUUGAACAAAGUAGGAAGAUAACUGUUAAAAAGUCUCGUCUACAUCAUUUUAACAACUGAAGAUCAACUCAAAACUGAAAGUGAUUUGUACCAUGGAUAAUUUCAUUUUUUUUAAAAGCGUAACAAAGUGCAAUGAAAGGAAUGUUUAUGCUGUCAUUUGAUUGUUUCUUGCACAGUAUACAUAUUAUUAUGGACUACCAUCCAGUAGAUAAUGGCCCAAAAACCUCCAAGGAAGAUGCCAAAUGACACGGCUUCAUUCCAGUUGUGUAAAAUGUGACCUUUUUCCUGCAACUUCUCCUUCACCUUGUCCUUUUUUUAUAGAUUUAUACUUGAAGAGUCAGGGGAAAGUUUCAAGGACGGUUGGUGUUAAGAAGCAGCUCUCCACAUUGUUAGCUGAUCUCUGGGAGCACUGAAACGAGGCUCCCUGCGGCCUGAGUGGUGUCUGAACCCUCUCCCCUCCCCUGUGCCUCCGUCUGUACCAGUGCCUGUUUAGAUGGCAUCCACUGUUUGUUACAUGGCUUCCUUUUGUAUAGACGACAGUAGCUUCAUUUCCAUUACAGUGCAAAUCAGAGCCAAGUCGAUACUUAUGUAAUAUUCUCCCUCCAGGUACAACUCGUGUAACUCUUGCACCUUUUUUCUUCUUCUUCAGUGGAGCAGUAGCUUCAAAUAAAUAAUGCCAUAAAUAUGUUGAGCCCUGACCUGUUUGCCUCUUAAGUGGAAAAGUUUUUUUUAGGAAAACUAACUUUGGAGGAAAUGUGAUUGAUGGUUCAAAGUAUUAUUUUAUAUUCGCUAUAAAUUGUCUGUGUAUUAAACAUACAAAAUACUUCAUAAA